AUGAGCACGAAGAAGGAGGAGAUUGAAGAGCUUAUCGACAAGCUAUUCUCCAGUCCAGACUCUGAGUCAUCCUCUGAAGUGGAUCCGCAUAUAUACCCGGAACAACUACUCCAUCUAGCGCCUCAGGGAAAUAAGUUUUAUCAUUCACUACAACAAUGCAAGCGACAAUUUAUUGACGACCUGCUGGAGGGAAGCAUCAUAAAUUUUAACAAUUCCCACCUUAAGUCCUUACUGAUGAAGAAAGUUCGCUCCUGGGAAGGAAGUGACGCUGCUGUCUCAGAAACUCUGGUAUCAGAACAAGUCCCUUCAGUUCUGAAGACGGCGAAUGCUUUAUUUGCGUGGUCUUCGGGUGAUCUGUAUAUUCGUGCACGGAAAGAGCAGCUACGAAGUCAGUCCAAGAGCCCUGUUCCUGUGACAUCACCUACAAAGGCUACAUUCCCAGCGGUUAGAAAACCAUCAUUCCCAGUCAGACUCCAUCAAGUCGUCGAUAGCGAGAGCCACAAGUUUAUUCAAGAUCGUAUUGACGUUAUCAAAGCUCAGCGUUUGGAGCAGGCUUCCAAGCGGGUGAGUGAAAGAAAACAAAGGGAUCACGACAGAUAUAUGGAGCGUAUGAGGAAAAAGGAAGAGGAGUACGACAAAGCAUUGAAUGCAGCGAUAAAGCUGAAGAGGGAGAGCAAAAACCAAAACUUUUUUGGAACGUUAUUCAGCUUCGGUAAAAGUAAAAGUAGUGGUACUACUGAUCCGUCCGACCUGGAUAUGAAUACUAUCGGAAGCUCCAAGAGCUCAAUGGACACUACUCACGAUCCUAGUUCGACUAGCUUGCCUCCUCAAAGUCCAACCAGUACUCCCGUUACUCCUAACAAAGGCACCUUCAAAGAUGUUGUGAAACCUAAUGGCACACCAAAGCUGUCGAAACCAGCACCAGCACCUGAGCCAGAAGUAUUUGGCAUAGACGAUGCCUUCUCAAAUUUCUCGGUCAGUCCACAGAAACCUACUAAAACAGAAACGCUAGACGAUUUGCUCGGACUGCCGACACCUUCUGAAGCUAAGGUGCCACAAAAACACAAGUUCAUCCCUCUAGGGGAUGUUCCCAAAAAACCAUCUCCUCAAGACAAUAAUGAGGAUCUCCUACAAUUAUAG